GACGUCAAAUUCAGCCGACACAUCUUUGUCAGUGAACAAAAUGGCGACCUACUGUCUCACUGUCGCGCGGCUUCAGCUUGCUCUGGGCCAUGGCGCACGGCGUCUGCACGUCGCGGCUGCUUACAGAGCCAAGGCCCAGGUGUCCAUGAGUCGCUUUGAGCCCAGCUCCUUCAUCAACUAUGAGCAACUCCAUUCCAAUGUUGACAUCGUGCGAAAAAGGCUUAAUCGACCCCUCACCCUGUCGGAAAAGAUAGUCUACGGUCACCUCGAUGACCCCCACAAUCAGGAGAUAGAUCGUGGACGCACCUACCUCCGCCUGCGUCCUGACCGCGUGGCCAUGCAGGAUGCCACAGCCCAGAUGGCCAUGCUCCAGUUCAUCAGCAGCGGCCUACCACAGGUGGCUGUUCCCUCCACCAUCCACUGCGAUCACUUGAUCGAGGCUCAGAUCGGCGGGGACAAGGAUCUCGCCAGAGCGAAGGAAGUCAACCAUGAAGUAUACAACUUCCUGUCAAGUGCUGGUGCAAAAUAUGGUGUUGGCUUCUGGAAACCCGGUUCUGGUAUCAUCCAUCAGAUCAUCCUCGAGAACUACGCCUAUCCAGGUGUGAUGCUGAUCGGCACAGACUCCCACACACCAAACGGCGGCGGGCUUGGUGCCAUCUGCAUCGGAGUGGGAGGCGCAGAUGCUGUGGAUGUCAUGGCGGGGAUCCCCUGGGAACUCAAAUGUCCCAAGGUGAUAGGAGUGAGGCUGACCGGUUCCCUCUCAGGUUGGGCGUCACCAAAAGAUGUCAUCUUGAAGGUGGCUGGCAUUCUGACGGUGAAGGGUGGUACCGGAGCGAUCGUAGAGUACCACGGACCGGGGGUCGACUCCAUCUCCUGCACGGGGAUGGCCACCAUUUGCAACAUGGGAGCAGAGAUUGGUGCGACAACUUCAGUGUUCCCCUACAACCACCGCAUGAGGACCUACCUCGAGAAGACCGGGCGUGGACAAAUCGCCGCCCUGGCUGACGAGUACGCUGACUUGCUGGUGCCAGAUGAAGGCUGCAAGUAUGACCAGGUCAUUGAACUCAACCUGGAUGAGCUAAAGCCACACAUCAACGGCCCGUUCACCCCCGACCUGGCUCACCCGGUUUCUGACGUAGGUUCUGUGGCUGAGAAGAACGGCUGGCCACUGGAGGUGAAAGUUGGUCUGAUUGGCAGCUGCACCAACUCCAGUUAUGAGGACAUGGGCCGUGCUGCCUCGGUGGCAAAGCAGGCGUUGGAUAAAGGCCUGAAGUGCAAAGCUCAGUUCACAGUCACCCCCGGCUCGGAGCAGAUCCGUGCCACCAUUGAGAGAGACGGUUACUCCAAGAUCCUUGGUGAUGUUGGCGGUGUAGUCCUGGCCAACGCAUGUGGACCUUGCAUCGGACAGUGGGACAGACGUGAUGUGAAAAAAGGCGAGAAGAACACCAUCGUCACCUCCUUCAACAGAAACUUUACGGCCAGGAAUGAUGCGAACCCCGCAACGCACGCAUUUGUUACAUCUCCUGAGAUUGUCACUGCCUUGGCUAUCGCCGGAACGCUGAACUUCAACCCCGAGACGGACUACCUUACCGCCUCCAACGGUGAGAAAUUCAAGCUGGAGCCUCCGAACGGAGACGAGCUCCCGGCCAGAGACUUUGACCCGGGCCAGGACACCUACCAGCACCCGCCCACGGAUGGCACCAACCUCCGGGUGGAUGUCAGCCCUCAGAGCAACCGCCUCCAGCUGCUGGAGCCCUUUGACCAGUGGAGCGGCAAAGACCUGGAGGACCUGAGGGUUCUCAUUAAGGUGAAGGGCAAGUGCACCACCGACCACAUCAGCGCUGCCGGCCCUUGGCUCAAAUUCCGCGGCCACUUGGACAACAUCUCCAACAACAUGCUGAUCGGUGCAGUCAACAGUGAAAACGAUGCCAUCAACAAGGUGAAGAACCACCUGACAGGAGACUACGGAGGAGUACCCGAUGUGGCUCGUCACUACAAGGCUAACAGCGUGUCGUGGGUUGUGGUUGGAGACGACAACUACGGCGAGGGCUCCAGCAGAGAGCACGCUGCGCUUGAGCCCAGACAUCUUGGAGGACGAGCCAUCAUUGUGAAGAGCUUUGCCAGAAUCCACGAAACAAAUCUUAAGAAGCAAGGCCUGCUGCCUUUGACCUUCAGCAACCCAUCAGACUACGAUAAGAUCUGCCCCGAUGACAAGAUCUCCAUUAAAGGACUCCAGACAUUCACUCCAGGAAAGCCUUUGAGUGCCGUCGUGAAGCACAGCGAUGGCAGCGAAGACGUCCUGGAACUCAACCACAGCUUCAACGAAACACAGAUCGAAUGGUUCAGGGCCGGUUCGGCUCUCAACAGGAUGAAGGCUCUUCAGCACUGAGGGAGGAAGGAGGCGUCGUCAGCGGAGGGAAGAAAGGCGAUAAGGAACGUGUGAGGAGUUGUUUCGUGAUGUGCGUUGGACUGAAGUCAAAAGCGUCAGUGUACCUCGCAAAACACUCGUGUUUGUCCCCACGGGGUCAGCGUCAUUUAUCCUCUAAAUAUAAAGGUUCAAUUCCAAUCGGACCUUUAUACUUUACGCAUCACAUUUGCCCAACCGAGAAAGCUUACCAGGCUGAUCUAACACUGUUACCGGAGUCAUGGAUGUAUAGGAAACCAAACCAUGUGAGGUCAAAGUUCAAAUGUCACGGUUACCAGCACUUUUUAUUUCAAGCGUCUGUGUAUAUGUGUUGUAUUAUCUCCCACAUGAUUUCAUCUUGUAUUACAAAUGAUAAUGGCUUGUAUAAAUAAAUGUUGGCUUCCAAAUGUCAUUAAACAAACAA